GGUUAUACAGAGGCGUGCAGCAUCACUGGAGUGGAAAUCGCAGGGAACUAUUUGCAUUCAUUUCAGUCCUUUUUUUUUUAAGAACUGGCUUGAUCGACUUUAGUCAGGACCGGUCUAAGUACUGUACAGCAAGGACGUCCUCCGUGAAGCCUGUCCCUUUAAUUCUCUCUAUCAUUCCUGGACGCCUUCACUUUUACUAAUAACCCCGAGGGAAACAUUUUUUUUUUUUUUUUUUUAUCAUCCAGAGACUAUGGCAGAAGAUAAAACCUUCCGCUAUGGGCUCAUUGUCCUGGGAUUCUUCCUCAUCAUGAUUGGGAUGUUCAUUAUGAGUGUGGAUAAACCCCAAAUAUACAUCACCUUCUGUUGUAUAGGGGUGUUGUUGGUGUUCAUAGGGAUCACCUGGAGCAUCUGUCAGUGCUACCCCAAGAUUACAUUUGUCCCAGUGGAUAUGGAAACUGUCCCAUUUUCGGAGAAGUCUUCUGCGUUCACUCAUACUGAACUCCUAGAGAAACAGUGUUCUACCGCACCUUACACGAGCAGUAAAGAUGCGGAGAAAUAUGACGCCAUGCUACCAUCAUAUGAACAAAUACAGAUCAAAGUGGAAGAGCUUGGUGAAGAAACGUUAGUCCAAUCCAUUCCUCCUUUCCUGCCACCGAUGUUGGGGGAUUUGAAGGCUAAGAUUCAAGCCAAGGUAGAGAUACACAAGAAUUUAGUCUGCAAGGAGGAGCAAGGGAUGGCCGAAGCCAACUGCCGGACUGCACCCCUUGCUUCUCUUAAAGAAGAAACCAACCUGGCAUCUGAUGAUGGGAGGAGUAGUACGUCAUCUCUUCAUAGCAGCGAUGACUGGCAUAAUGAUCGGCCACAGAUGGAGACCUCUACAGCCCAGGUACAAGGUCUGAUCUCUGGAGAAGGAGUUGCCCUCAUAGAUGCACCGGUACCUGAAGGAACCAUAGCCAUCGUGUCCUAUGAAGUAAAUCAUACAGAGGUGAAAAGUGAACGUCAUCAACAUCCCCUCCAUAGUGACUAUUACAGCCGUAAAGAUGAGCCAGGGGUUGUCCCUUUUCCACCAGGUCCUACCCAGGACUCUGAGACUGAUGAUCUCUAUUAUGGAAUGAAGGAUGAGAUGGAGAGUUUAAUGCCAGGGGAUGACUCCGACUUUGAGCAUUGACCACCAGGCAACAUCAAUGGAUGCCGAGAAAGUCUGACUUUUUAAAGCCAGGUUUCCAUUACAACAUAUAGCAGUAUUCAUAAGGAGCAGGAGUAUUUAUUGGGUCCAUGUUUAAUUUCUUUACAUAGGAUUGCUGUAGUCAAGAUCAACCAGAGGGGCACAUUAAUGAAGGGGUGGUUGAUUUGGACAAACCUCAUUCUUUAGCAGGUUCCAACAAAGAUCAGCUGAUCACCAAGUAUUCUGCUAUUGGGAUCCCCAGCAGGGCCCUAACUAAAGACUCAUGAACCAUGAUGCAAACAUUCUUAUUGUAAUACCUCCUUUGUGACCCUGCGUUGUCUGUGUGGUGGGGCUUCGAAGAGCAGUAAAGAAUACAGUGGUCCCUCAAGUUACAAUAUUAAUCGCUUCCAGGACGACCAUUGUAUGUUGAAACCAUCAUAU